CAAGUCGAUUGUGUCUUAAAGCUCUAUGACGUUGGCUAGUCAUGAAGUGCACCAAACGCCACCCUACUAUUUAUAUAGUGAAGGAAAAGGAAUUGAAAUUGACAAGUGGUCAAUAGAAGUUACUGAAGGCCCCAUCUUGAGUAGUAAUGAAGUAGAAAGCUGGCAGUCACGACUUUCACUGAAACUUCCAACUAUGGUAUUUGGCCGAAACACUCUUUCCUUUCUUUGGAACGGAGAAUGCAAGUUUUAUUUUUCUGCUUUUGAUGGUUUGCAAACAGUUAGUCACGAGAGUCCUUCAUUGCGUGUUAAACCGGCAGUUUUUUGGGAGGACAAACAAUCAACAUUGGACAGUCCACACGCUAACUACGACUGGACGUACAGUACAAACUACGGUGGAACUUGGCUUAUGCAAGGGGAGGAAACGGCGUUAUCUGCGUCCCAGUCGCUUCUUGAUUGGUCCCUGUUGAGAAGAGAAGACAUCCCUCUCUUGUUCUUCAAAGAGUUGCCCUUAUACGAAGACGAGCUAGACGACCAAGGAGUGUCUUCGUUGUCAGUUCGUUUGGUAGGUUUUACAACUUUUCACUAUAUUGUUUUGAAUUGGUUGUUCAGAGAGUAAUGUCCUCAUUUUUCUAUGUGUUAUGUCGCUUUUGGUUAAGAGUUGAUAAUGUCCAUUUUCGGCUUUGUGAUACUCGCAUUUAUCAUUGCUGGAAAACAAAUGUCGUGAUUGGGGAGUAUUCAGAACAAGAAGCUACCUUUGAACAUGUUGCAGAGGUAUGAAAAUGUUGCUUUAG